UCAAAAUUUGAUUAUUUUUUGCAAGUGAAAUAUGAUAUUUUAUUAUUUAACGGGAAGUCUCUUGUUCCUGUGGCUCUAUAUUCUUUGGAGCCGAAGGGAAUUUUACAAGUUAAUAUUAAAAUUGCCGGGCCCUCUUGGUUAUCCAAUUGUGGGCAUGGCUCAUCGUCUAUUGAAUAGGGAAGAAAUUUUACAAGUAUUUGAAACGGAAGAACAAAAGUUCGGACGAACGUUUUUUUCUUGGCUUGGUCCUUUUCCCUUUUUAGUAGUUGGGGAUCCUCAGAUAGCCCAAGACAUCUUAACCUCUCCUCACUGUGUUAAUAAGAGUAUUAUAUAUAAAGCAUUGGAUGAUGGCACCGGCAAAGGACUUUUUAGCUUGGCGAAUCCAAAAUGGAACAGUCACAGACGUCUACUAAACCCUGCUUUUGGACAUAAAGUUCUUUUGAAUUUCAUACCUGUUUUUAACCAGGAGGUGAAUAAACUUCUGCAAAACUUGAAUAUGUUUUUAACGGAGGAAAUCGAUUUGACGAAAAUAUUUCCAAAUUUUACACUAAAGAUUGCAGCACUGACGACAAUGGGUGACACGUUGCCUUCCGACGGUUCAAACCACUUUAAUGAGGGACUAUUAAGUUGUUAUAAAUGUGUUCAAGAAUCAAUGGCGGAGAUGUGUUUUUCACCUUGGUUGAACUUCAGAGCAUUUAACUGGCUGUGGAAGAAUAAUUCCUCAUAUGCGGAGGCCAAAGCCGAAAUUCGAAAUUACAUACGAAAGUUAAUUAUUGGAAAAACAAAGGAUGAAAUAGAAAACUCGGAAAACAAGUCCACACUUGACCCAAAUAUUUUUAUAAAUCGUGCAAUUGAUUUAACACGAAAGGGACAUUUCGAUUGGCAGAACGUUGAAGACGAAUGCAAUGUUAUUGUGUUUGGGGCUUUCGAAACAACUUCAAAUACUGUCGUUUAUAUACUCACGAUGCUGGCAAUGUUCCCACAAUAUCAGCAGAAGGUUUAUGAGGAAGUCAUGUCCAUAUUUUCAAGUAAAGAUGAUGAUGAAGUUUCUUACGAUGAGAUACAACAGAUGGUGUACUUGGAUAUGGUUAUCAAUGAAACGAUGCGUGUGAUGGCUCCAGUGCCAUUGGUCGCCAGGCAAACGGAACAUGAAGUUCGCUUAAGUAAUGGUGUUGUAAUUCCAAAAGGGUUACAGGUUGCUAUUGACAUUUUUAAUAUGCAUCGAAGAACGGAUAUUUGGGGUCCCGAAGCACAUAUCUUCAAUCCGGAUAAUUUUCUGCCCUCAAAUUUGAAUGACAAACAUCCAUAUGCGUUCAUACCAUUUACGAAGGGAAUUCGGAACUGCAUUGGUUGGAAAUAUGCAUUGCUAUCACUGAAAAUAACCAUCGCCAAGCUAAUAUGGAAAUUUAGAUUUACUACUUCAUUUGAAUACCAACGUCUACAUUUUGUGGAAGACAUUACAAUUAAGUUGAAGGAAAUUCCCCUUUUUCGAAUAUAUGAAAGAAAUAAAUGUAAGAAGGAAUUUGUUGAUAGUGCUGAGACGCUCACUUCGCGAUGGACAAAGUCCACCAACGAUGAAGUUUAUUUAGAGGACUUUGAGAAACCUGAAGUUCAUGAAAUACUUAGCACCAUGAAGGAGAAGGAGUUGGAGUAUGGAGGUAUAUUUUUAUCAUGGAUAGGUCCAUUUCCAAUAGCUGUCAUAAGCGAGCCACAAAUAGCACAAGAUAUCUUUACUUCGCCAAAUUGUGUAAAUAAAAGCUUUGUCUAUAAAGGAGUGCAAGAUGCAACUGGGCCAGGGUUAUUUACAAUGGAUGAUCCUCAAUGGAGUUAUCAUAGGAAGCUUUUGAAUCCGGCUUUUGCGCACAAGGUCCUGCUGAACUUCAUACCGAUUUUCAAUAAAGAGGUCGAUAACUUAACGAAAAUUCUCAACAAACUGACUAAUGUUGACGGAGUGGAUUUAGUACCCAUACUUCAAGACUUUACGUUAACUAUCGCUACCCAAACUACAAUGGGGCAAGAUCUCAGCAAAGAAAAUAAUAUAGCAGGCAUGUGUGGCUCUUUAUUGCAAUCUUUCCAGUUUGUUCAAGAGACUAUUACCGAAAUGGGCACCCUAUCUUGGUUGAGCAUGAAUGCGCUGGUUUGGAUUUUAGGCGAUUAUGAACGAUACAAGAAAGCCAAAGCUGAUAUUCGUAAAUUCAUUGGCAAUCUUAUUACAGAGCGGACGAAAACUACGCCGGACAGUUCAAAACUGGCUGAACAUAUUUUUAUCAAUCGCGCAAUAGAAUUAUUUCAGCAAGGCAGUUUUACGCGCGAAAAUGUCGAGGAUGAAUCCAUAGUGAUUGUGUUCGGAGCUUUCGAGACGACGGCAACCACUUUAAAGCACGUCAUCCUUUUGUUAGCAAUGCAUCCUCAAUAUCAAGAGCGAGCGUUUGAAGAAGUUACUUCGUUGUUCCCGGGAAAAGAGCCAUGCGAACUGAGUUAUUCGAGCAUCCAACAAAUGUCAUACGUGAGUAUGGUGGUUGAUGAGACGAUGCGUUUAAUGGCUACCGUUCCACUAGUGGGACGCCAAGUGCGAGCAGAAACAAAACUAAGCAACGGAGUCGUCCUGCCAGAGGGGCUUCAAAUUCUAGUCGAUAUUUUCAAUAUGCAACGCAGGGAAGAUAUUUGGGGACCAGAAGCGCACAUUUUCAACCCAGAAAAUUUUCUCCCAUCAAAUAUAGAGGGAAAACAUCCGUACUCCUAUAUACCAUUUACGAAAGGCUUACGAAAUUGUAUAGGUUCCAAAUAUGCACUGUUGUCGCUAAAAAUUGCCGUGGCUAAACUUGUAAGGAAUUUUCGAUUUACCACCGAUUUUAAGUAUAAGGACUUACAAUUUGUUGAGAACAUAACGCUAAAACUAAAAGAAAUGCCUUUGAUCAAAAUACACAAGCGAUAAUCGAAGUAAUGUGGAUAAUAAAACUUCUCCAUU